AUCAUAUAUUUGAAAAAGUAAAUCCUGAGAUGGAAAAGCUGGGAUAUGAGUGCAAGUGCCUUGGAGGAGGGAAAAUUGAUCAUAAUAGCAAAGACAAGAAACUUAGGGUAUUUGGGCUCUCAACAGGCUAUGGAAAAGCAGAUCAUUCAGUGACUGUGGAGAUACUGAAAAAAGCGUAUCCAGAUUAUGAAAUUACAUGGUCAGAUGACAAGAAAUAA